AUGGAUACCGCUCUCGAAAUUCUCGACCCCCUCGUCUUCGACCAUGCCUACUCAUACUUGUUUCCCGGCCCGGCUGUAGCCUGCGAUGCCGUUCCUACCGCCUCCUGGUCGACCUCGUCACUUUUGAGCGCUGUUGCCGCCCACAACGCCACCGCAAAGCUCGCCACCUCGACCAUUGAGUCCUGCAUCGUCUCGUCGCUGCCGCGCGAUGACCUUCGACGUCAAUGCGCCUCCAUUUUGUUUGUCGCCGGCGUUGGUGCCGCUGCCAUCUACUUCAUUUUCGCCGCCAUCUCCUACUACUUCAUCUUCGACCGUCGUCUCGAGUACCACCCUCGAUUCCUCAAGAACCAAAUUCACCAGGAAAUCAUGUCUUCGCUCUGGGCUAUUCCUGUCAUUGAUCUCCUCAGUCUGCCCUUUUUCCUCGCCGAGGUCCGCGGUCACAGUCUGCUCUACACACGCAUCGAUGAAUACGGCUGGCCCUGGCUUAUUGCCUCGACAAUCAUAUACCUAAUUUUCAACGACUUCUUCAUCUACUGGAUUCACAGACUCGAGCAUCACCCCAGCGUCUACAAAUACGUCCAUAAGCCUCACCACAAGUGGAUUGUUCCCACGCCUUGGGCUGCGAUUGCUUUCCACCCCGUCGAUGGAUUCCUCCAGUCGACUCCAUACCACAUCUUUGUCUUCAUCUGCCCAAUGCAAAAGUACCUCUAUGCAGUGCUCUUCAUUCUCGUGCAGCUCUGGACCAUCUUCAUCCACGACGGCGACAUGAUCACCGGCACCUGGUCCGAAAAGUUCAUCAACAGCCCGGCCCACCACACGCUUCACCACAUGUAUUUUACAUGCAAUUACGGCCAGUACUUCACUUGGGCCGACAACUACUUUGACUCGCACCGCGAACCGCGACCUGAGCUCGACCCUAUCCACGAGUCCUUGCGCGUCAUGCGUGAAAAGGGUCUCAUUGACGAUAAGGGCAACCCAAUUCCCCAGAAGAAGAAGAGCGACUAG